AUGUAUGUGGAUGACAUUAUAGUUACUGGCAGUGACCCAUCCAUGGGAUCUACUCUAUUACACCGCCUUUCUCAGGAGUUCUCCAUCAAGGAUCUUGGAGAUUUACAUUUCUUCUUAGGUAUUGAGGUCAAUCGAACUGCUAAAGGGCUGCUCCUAACCCAAUCAAGAUACAUUUUUGACUUAUUGACACGCACAGGAAUGGUGGAUUGCAAGCCAGUAAAGACUCCAAUGGCCACAACUACAAAGUUCUCUGAUUCAGGGGGGGUGUCAAUGCCUGACCCCACCAAGUAUAGAUCGACAGUGGGUGCCCUACAAUAUGUAACUCUCACAAGGCCGGAUUCCUCCUUUGCUGUUAAUCGUGUGUGUCAGUUCAUGCACGCUCCAAUAGAAGAACACUGGCAGCUGGUAAAGCGCAUCCUUCGUUACUUGAAAAGCACCCAAACGGCAGGUUUACUGAUUGACCGCUCCUCAUCUCGGUCUCUACAGGCAUUUUGGGUGGGUUAUGGGUCAGAUCAAAAAUCAACCGGCGGCUUUGCUAUUUUCCUUGGACCCAAUCUUGUUUCUUGGGUGUCUCGCAAGCAGCGUACAGUGACACGUUCCUCUACGGAGGCCGAGUACAAAGCUCUAGCCGAUGCCUCGGCAGAACUGAUAUGGCUGGAGUCAUUACUUGCUGAACUUGGGUACCCUCUUCAUGGCCCUGGUGUGACAAUCUUGGUGCCACAUACUUGUCCGUAA